AUGGCGAACGGACGCAGCGCCGCGCUCGAGGCGCUGCUCGCGACGACGCCGUUGACCACCGAUGCGUGGGUGCAGUGUGAUUCGUGCGCGACGUGGAGACGGGUGCCGGCGAUCGUGGCGGAGCGCCUGGGGGAUGACCGCGCGUGGUUUUGUCAUCAAAACAUGGAUCAGCGAUUCUCGACGUGCGACGACGCGCAGGAGUUGGAGGAUGAUGAGAUCGAUGUGUUGAUGCGCGCGCAGGAACGAGCGAGCGCGGGUGCGCGGGGGGGCGGGGGGGUGGGCGAAAGGGCGGCGAACGCGCAUCGGUGGGAGAAAAUUCCUCGAAACGUCUACGCCCAUCGAGAGCGGAGGCGAUUGACGGACGACGACGUCAUGGUGUGUGUGUGCUGCGUCGAGGACGGCGUCGGGUGCGGGGCGGAUUGUUUGAAUCGAUUGGUCUUAUCGGAGUGCGAUCCGGCGCACUGUCCGUGCGGGAGCGCGUGUCAGAAUCAACGCAUGUCUCGCGGCGCGUACAAGGAGGUGAACGUGAAGCGGACGGGUAAAAAGGGUCACGGCUUGUUCGCCGCCCAAGACGUGCGAGCUGGGGAGUUUGUCAUGGAGUACUGCGGAGAGGUCUUGCACGAAGACGCGUACGCCGAGCGUAAGCAGAGGUAUCACGACGAGGGACGGAGCCAUUACUACUUCAUGACGCUCUCCAGCAGCGAAACCAUCGACGCGACGUUGCGCGGGAACGAAGGGCGGUUCUUGAACCACUCGUGCGCGCCGAACUGCGAGACGCAGAAAUGGAUGGUGCGCGGCGAGCUCCGAAUUGGGAUAUUCGCCACCCGAGACGUCCAGGCCGGAGAGGAGUUGACGAUUGAUUACAAAUUCGAGCGAUUCGGCGAAAAGCCGUCGCGAUGUUACUGCAUGGCGGGCGCGUGCUGCGGAUGGAUCGGCGGCGCCAAGGCUGCGGAGGCGGCCAAAGCGUAUAACAUCGAAGAUGAUGAAGAUGAGGAGGCGCAUGAGAACGACUUGGAACCCGUCAUGACGCUACUGACUGAUGCGCAGAUCGAGGAAGAGGAGGCGCGCGGACGCGCGACGACGGCGGAAAGAUUUGCUGCGCCGAAAAAGUCCGCCGUCAAGGCGGAGAGUAAGUCAUGGCGACCUCCGGAGGAGGUUCGAGAGAUGGAGCGUCAACGCAAGGCUGAGGAACGUGAGCACAAUCGCGCCGAGCGCGCCACGGCGCGAUUGCGCACAGAUGGCUCGAACAUUCGUCGCGUCCGGGCGCCGACGGAUUCAUACGCGAGCAAGUGGAGCGCUGUCUCCGCUGGGGCGAAGAAGCGCACUGAGGUCGAUCUCAAGAUGGAGGAUCUCCAGGGCGCCAGUGGUGGCUUGCGUUCGAAGGAUUCCAUCACUCGAUGCGUGCAACUCUUCAACCUGUGCUAUCCAGUUGACGAGCACGGGGUGACUCAGGUGAACACGCGCGACCUCGGUUUGAUUCUCGAGGCGAUUUCGUUGACCAAGCACCCAGAGUUACAAGCCACCCUCGUGUCAAGUGGCAUGCUCUCCGGCUUUCAGAAGUGCAUCAAAGUCUUGGGUGGUCCAUCCGCGGCCGCGGGAGCGCAUGCCGCGCUCCUUCGGAAGAUUUUGAAGAUCCUCAUGGACCUCAUGACGCACUUCAAGGAGCUCGUCAUCGUGCGCAUCAAGGAGACGCAAACCGCGGGGGGAACGCUGAUGAACGCCCUCGGCGAUCUUCGCGUCGCCAACGACACGCCACUGAUGAAGCUGGCGAGAGAUUUCGAGUACCAAUACAUCGGUACCGGUUUGAUGGGACCGAUGCCCCAGCGACCGCGCGUCGAAGCACCGCAGCAACAACAGCUCAGACGAAACGACUCUGGAAGCGGUUCGGGCGGCGCGCCGUGGGGGACACGAUCGCCGUCGAGCGGUGCACUCAAUCGCUUCGGCGGAAGCACGCCGCCGGGAUCGAGGUUCAACGCGACGGCGCCACCGCGCAGCGCGAUGACGGGCGGUCGCGGCGGUGGAUUCAACGGAAGCGCUCCACCCGGAAGCGCGCUCGGCGGUCGCGGCGGUCCCGGUCGCUACGGUGCAGCUCCCGCCCCGCCUCAGCGCGAAUCUAGCCUCGCGGCGGCGAUGCGCCCGGGACACCACGGCGGUGGAUACCCCCCAUCGCGCCCCAACGCCCCGGGAUCGUCGUCUUGGGACAACGGAUCUGAGCGAGGCGUCAAGCGAGAGCGCGACCCGCCGCCGUCUCGCCCGGCCAACAAACCGCUCUUGACCAAACCUCUCCCCCCGCAGUUCGACGACCCGAGAUCGGAGAUGUUCUCCGACGCCGUCACCGCGUUCGUGACGAUCGAGGUCGAGGACUUAAGGGCGCCCGACCACCCGCUCCACGACCCGAGAGCAAACUACGACAGACUCACGCAAAUGUGGUCGCUCGACGCCGUCUCUCGAGAGCAAUCCGAGUGGCGAAACGGCGUCGGUGGCGUGAUCCAGACCGGCGCUCUCCGACAACGCGUCGGUGAGUACGUCCGAACCCGAGCCCGAGACCGUUCGUGA